AUGCGAAGCGUCCAUCUUGCGUCCGCCCUAGCGCUCGCAGUGCUGUCCACCGCAGCCUUCCCAGCUGAAGAGUCGACGCCAAGCACCCUCCGUCGCCUCGUCACGCUCUCUCGCCACGGCAGUCGCGCGCCAAACGACGUCGUUAAAGUCACGUGUCCACGUAACAAGGCCAACCUGGAGGCGUACAAGGUGCCGCUCACACAACUCACGGAGAUCGGCAUGAAGCAGCUGCAGGCCGUGGGUGAACACGUUCGCCACACGUACAUGGCAGACGAGCCAUCGCACCACGAGGCGUUCCUUUCACGCUCGCUCAAUGGUGUAAACCACUCGCACUUUGAGACGUACUUUCGGGCCGACGCUGCAACGCGUUGCUCGCAGAGUGCGACAGCAGUGGGGUACGGACUCUAUCCUGAUGGUACUGGUCCACCGGGCUUCCCUCAUCAACCUGUGCCAAUCACUAUGCAGCUGUUGGAGAACGAACAUGCCUUUGCAGCCCCUAAGGGACCGUGUAAGACCACGGAAGAGGCAGAUCUUGCAGUAUAUGCUCGAACGCGAGCACCUGAGCUAUUUGACAAGUACCGUGAUGUGCUUCAGCAGCUGGGCCAAGUCUGUGGAGUAGAGGUUGAGGAUAUCCCUAAUGUUCCGGGUGGUGAAGACGUUGUGCUGGGUGUCAAGGACUUGGCCGAUAUGUUCGCCUUUGAUCGCGAUGAGGGGCUGCCACUUACUGAAGGGAUGACGAUCGAAGUGCGUCAAAAGUUGGAGCAAUUGGCCUUCACGAAUCUAAUGGAAAGGUACUACUCGACGGACCGUAAAAUCACGUAUUGGGUGGGUGGGUUUGGUGAUCUGCUGCUCAACACGCUUGAAGGCGGAGCUGUACCGACGGCGCCAUCGAAUUCGGAGUACCGCUACUAUUCGUACCAUGGCCAUCGUGAACUUUUGCACGGUCUGGGCAUGAUGCUGGGUUGGCAGUUUCACUUUGAGGGACUACCGGAAGCUCUCAAUGUGACGGCUAUUCACCCGGGAACGUCCAUGUUCUUCGAGUUGCGUGCACGUCGACUGACCGCCAAAGAGACGCAACAGCAGCCGGACGCGAACGAAUUCUAUUUUGUGCGAAUGUACAUGUGGUCGCCGUACACUGAGCGCGAGCAGAUCGAGCUCACGAAAUGCUCAGUUGCCGAUUGCCCGUUGGACGAGUUUAAAGCGAUCAUUGUCAACCACAUCGCCAAGACCGGUACCUGGGAAACUAUCUGCAACUACCAAAAGCCAGUGUUGCGCUAUGGCAAGCCGGUGCUUGCUCAGGAGCCCACUGUGAAGGGUAAUCAUGGCUUCACAGGCUCUACCUUCCUGGCUGCGAUCGGUAUUUUCCUAGUGAUGGGGCUGGCGGUCAUGGCUGUCAAAAUCUACACUGCACGCCGCCGCGGGUACACCAUGAUUUAA